AGAGACUGGGAGAAAGCAUCAGCUGAUGCAUUCUCCCUACCCCCCCACGUCCCUCUUAUAUAUAGCUCCUUCAGUAUUUACUGGAGGUAGAUGUGAAAGAUUUCUGAAGAGGAAAUCAGCUUGGACCCCAGCUUUUCAGAACAGCAGAGAGCAGAUCACCAUCGUGAGGUCAGCAAGAUACCUCCCAAGCACCCUCAAUCUUGAAACCAAAUUGUAAGCUGAGCUUCUUGGGUGCAGCACAGACCCAACGGCUAGCAUCCUGAGUGGAAACCUCCUCUGCAUUUGCUUGCAACCCACAGAAGAAAAUAAAAUCGGCCUGAACCCCAGCUUUUCAGAAUUGCCGGGAAACAGCCAUCAUGAGUAAUAACGCUGAUGGGGAUCAGCUCAAGGAUAAGCUGGAACAGUUGAGAUGUCACUUUACAUGGGAGUUGGUCAUUGAAGACACUGAAAUAGCUGAUUUAGAAAACAGGGUCUUGGAGCAGAUUGAGUUCCUAGACACCAAAUACAACGUGGGAAUCUACACCUUACUAGCCUAUGUGAAACACCUGAGAGGCCAGAAUGAGGAAGCCCUGAAGAGUUUGAAAGAAGCUGAAGACUUAACCCAGCAAGAACAUGACAACCAAUCAGACGUGAGAAGUCUGGUUACCUGGGGCAACUAUGCCUGGCUGCAUUACCACAUGGGCCGACAUGCAGAAGCCCAGAUUUACCUGGACGAGGUGAAGAACACUUGCAGGAAGCUUGCAAACUCCUCCAGCUAUAGAAUAGAGUGUCCUCAGAUGGACUGUGAGGAAGGAUGGGCCUUGCUGAAAUGUGGAGGAGAGAAUUAUGAACGGGCCAAGGUCUGCUUUGAAAAGGCUCUGGAAGUGGACCCGGAAAACCCUGAAUUCAGCACUGGGUAUGCAAUCACCGUCUAUCGCCUGCAGGCCUUUAACAAACCAGCAAAGAGUACUGAGGCAGUACUGAAUACCCUAAAACAGGCUGUCAGGCUAAAUCCAGAAGAUGCAUAUAUGAAGUCUCUCCUUGCCCUGCAGCUUCAAGGUGUACGACAAGAAGCUCAAGGAGAAAAAUACAUUAAAGAAGCACUGACCGAUGGGUCCUCAAAGAUAUAUGUCUUUCGACAUGCUGCCAAGUUUUACCGAAAAAAAGGCUCUACGCGUGAAGCUCUUCAGUUCUUAAAACUGGCCUUGAAAGCAACACCCUCCUCUGUCUGCCUGCAUCACCAGAUGGGGCUUUGCUACAAGUUACAAAUGAUCCGAAUAAAGAGAGCUACAAACGGGCAGCCUAAAGGACAGGAUAAAGAAAACAUCAACAGAAUAAUACAAUCAGCCAUAUCUCAUUUUGAAUUUGCUGUGCAACAAAAGCCCACAUUUGAGUUUGCUUACAUAGACCUGGCAGAAAUGUACACAGAAGCAGGUGACCACCAAAAAGCCGAAGAUGUUUAUCAAAAGGUGUUAUGCAUGGAAUCACUCAACAAAUAUAUGCUGCAACAGGUACAUUUCCACUAUGGCCAAUUUCUGGAAUUUCAAAAAAAAUCUGAAGUUGAUGCAAUCAGCCAUUAUUUAAAAGCAGUAAAAAUAGAAAACGCGUCAUUAAACAGGGAUAAAAGUAUCUAUUCUUUGAAGAAACUGGCUUUAAAGAAACUUCAGAGAGAUGCAUCAGAUAUAGAAAGCUUGUACAUACUUGGGUUCAUCCACAAAGUAAAAGGAGAAAUGAAUGAAGCCCUGGAGUAUUACGAGCAGGCCCUGAGGCUGGUUCCUGUCUUGGAGAACUCUGUACUUGUGACCCAUAGGCACUGAAAUAUGGACCAGUCUUACAUAUCAUUUGAUUUUACGUCAACAUAUACUAAUCAUCUUUUCUGCUUGCUGCUUUCAGAAACAUAUUAUGUAAUUCACUGCAAUGAUGUAAUCUUUGAAUAAUUACUCAAACCUGAUAAAACACUGGUUGUAUUGAGAAAAUAGUGAAACAGACUAUACAGGUCCCUGUGUGUGAGAGAGAGAGAGGAAGAGAGAGAGGGGAAGAGAGAGAAGAACCAUUUCUCUGUGAAUGUUAUAUAGUAGAAAAAAAAAAGUUUGUUGAGUAGAUUUGUAGCAAAUAAAACACUGGCCUUGACAUGGAGGCGACCAAAAUGUCCAUCGACAGAUGAAUGGAUAAAGAAGAUGUGGCACAUAUGUACAAUGGACUAUUACUCAGCCAUAAAAAGAAACGAAAUUGAGUUAUCUGUAGUGAGGUGGAUGGACCUGGAUGGAGUCUGUCAUACAGAGUGAAGUAAGUAAGAAAGAGAAAAACAAAUACUGUAUUCUAACUAUAUAUGGACUCUAUAAAAAAAAAUGAUACUGAUGAACCUAGUUGCAGGGCAGGAAUAAAGAUGUAGACAUAGAGAAUGGACUUGAGGACACGGGCUGGGAGGGGGAAGCUGGGGUAAAGUGAGAGUAGCAUCGACAUAUAUAUACUACCGAAUGUAAAAGAGCUAGUGGGAAGCAGCAGCAUAGCACAGGGAGAUCAGCUCCGUGCUUUGCGAUGACCCAGAGGGGUGGGAUAGAGAGGGUGGGAGGGAGGCUCAAGAGGGAGGGGAUAUGGGGACAUGUGUAUGCAUAUGGCUGAUUCACUUUGGUGUACAACAGAAGCUAACACAGUACUGUGAAGCAGUUAUACUCCAAUAAAGAUCUAUUUUUAAAAAAAACCACUGGACUUACGUAAAAUAAAAUGUUCAAUUCAUUCAUUUUAUCAAUAAAUAGUUUUCAGUGCUAGAUACCAAAAAUACUACGGUGAUGUAGGGGAGGGAAAAUUCUUUUUCCUCUACCCAUCUUAGGUUCAUUGGCUUGGGCCUUAACUUAAACUGAAAAAAGACAGAUUAACAAGAGAAAAACACACAAGUUUAUUAACACAUGCAUCGGGCAUACACAGGGGAGUACCCAGUGAUGAGUAAUUUAAAGGGGUGGGUUUAUAUAGCAUCCUAACAAACAAACAAUACAUUUUUAGAGAAGUGAUAAGGUAAAGGCAAAGAACUUUAGUUUCUAAGUGGCAAAUUAUAGGAAGGCAAAUAUAUGAGGGAAACUAAUGGAAGAUAAUAGCCUCCUUAUAAGGUUUGUUAUGUAUAUUUUUCUGUUUGUGUCUCUGGGCUGAUUAGGGACUACAGUUGUCUCAGGUGAUUAACUUCUGUCCUUCCUCGUAAAGGAGGAGAGACAUUUUUUUUCAGGCAGAUGGGGGAGAGCAGAGAGCUUUCCUUAUAUCUGCUUCUUUUCAACUGCCUUUAGCUCAAAAUAAUCCUAUGGCAAGGUGGCAUAUUUGGGGGUGGCAUAUUCGGCUACCCUUCAGUGAAACAAAGCAGACCUUUUCCCCAAACCUCAUGCAGCUUACCAUCUAGUGAGAAAGACAGUAAAACAAAUACACAGUCUAUUAAAGGUCAGCUUUCCCCAUGAAGAUGUUUGAAAUUCAAUUCAUUGUCAAACUGUGCCAAGUAGUUUCUCUUGUUUUAUGCCAUUUUGUUUUAAGUGCUAUUGAUUCAGUCAUUUGCUGGUAUUGACAUUUCUCCCAAGAAGAUAUACAGGUUGCCAACAAACACAUGAAAGGAUGCUCAACAUCACUAAUCAUUAGGGAAAUGCAAAUCAAAACUGCAGUAAGGUAUCACCUCACAGCAGUCAGAAUGGCCAUCAUCAAAAAAUCUACAAACAAUAAAUGCUGGAGAGGGUGUGGAGAAAGGGGAACCCUCUUGCACUGUUG